AAGGAUAUGUGAAUGAAUAAACAGAUUAGUAGCUUUUAGAAAUGACAUGAAUAAAUUGAUUUGUAUGAAAGGAGGAGAGAGUCUGUCAUUUAGAAUUGGAGGAUUUUCAUUUAGGAUGAAAAGGAAGGAAGAUGAAAUAACAAUGAGUAAAGUUGUUGACUGCAAAGUGUAAAUUGACAAUGUUGAAGUAGUAAUAGGGAUUAUAAGAAUGAUAUUAGCAUAAUCUUGUAAAGCGAUUUAGAAGGAAAAGAGGAGAGGAUAGAAAGAUAGAGAGAGAAAGAGAGCGAUAUUUGUGACGUCAGAUUCUCAAGAAUGACCUAGGGUAAGGGGAAGAAGAAGAUCUAAAUCUCUCCCGUUUGGUUUGCGUUAGACCUUUUUAAGGAACUCCUGAUAACAAUCAAAUAUUGCCUAAACGAGUUAGAAUGAGGGAUUUGUCGUUAAGUGACGGCGAUAGGAUGUACUUCGUUUCGAGAGUCUGUGUUUGCGUGUAGGUCUGCACACAUUGCGUAAUGUACGGCUGUCUGUGUGUAUUUGUGCUCGAGCUCUGUGACAGUUCAUGUACAGUGUGUGCGUUUGUCUUUGGACAGUGAACUCGAUCGCACCCCGCCCUGACGUAUAAAUAUGAAGCUCCUGUCUUGCGGUUGGCACAAGUUUUGCCUGUUGACAUCUCUCCUUUUGCGGGACAAACAGGAGAUAUUUGGAACAGAGUCAAGCAAGUGUUUAGCAGCAGGUGCCUAUCUUGUGUUGAGGAUUGUCUAAGAGUGGAUGAAGGUGGUUGGAGUGAUUCCAGAUACCUCUGUCAUCUUCUGAGGGUGCAAUUUGUUUUUCAGAAGAGGUGUUGCUGUUCUCCUUUAGAUAAUUUGCUCCUGCUGUGCGGGACUGCAUCUUGGUAUCACAAUGGUUCAUCAUGGAACUCGUUUUGUUUACUAUAUUCGGGAUAUUUAUGCACAUGUGCAUGUACUUGCCAAGGCUCUGUACGACAACACUGCGGAAGCUCCCGAUGAGCUAGCGUUCCGCAAGGGGGACAUCGUGACCGUUCUGGAGCAGAACACCGGUGGUCUGGAGGGGUGGUGGCUAUGCUCCCUCAAUGGACGACAGGGCAUCGCCCCCGGCAACCGUCUCAAGCUCCUGGCAGGCAUCUACGAGAGCCCCAACCAUCCCAACACCAAUACAUCUCCUCACAAGCAUGUCCAGAAUGUAUCCAGCUCAUCUGGAGGAUACAUGUCUCUGCAAGCAAACACCGGGCUUUCAUCGUCCAUGGAUGACUACGACAUCCCUCCUGUUCGGAAACAACCCCCCAACGCCACCACUUCCCUGGCAUCACCCCAUCAGAAACAAGGCUUGCACACAUCACCGAUGCAAGGCUUGCACACAUCACCGAUACAAGGCUUGCACACAUCACCGACACACCACGGACGAACAACGCCACCAGGACAUGAACUCUAUGACACGCCUCCAAGCGUGCAGAGAAUCUCCCCGAGUGAAACCUACGAUGUGCCACCUCGUGCGUUUGGAAGCGGGGAAUCACUGAAUUCGAAGAGUGGACAGAGCUCUCCGAAGCAGGAGAAUGUCGAUGAGAUUUAUGACACGCCCCCAUGCAAGCGGGAUAUGUCCGGUCAGAAAAGUUUUCCCCAGGAUGUGUACGAUGUCCCGCCGUCAUUGCAAAAGGCGAAGGACGAGAAGUCGCCAUCUAUGAGCACGCUUUCUAUGAGCACGCUAGACUCUGUUGAUACAUAUGACAUACCACCUUCCCAGCAAGGUGACAAUGAUGUGUAUGAUUUUAUUCCUCCGCUUAAAGGCGGCCCGGUGUCGCCACCUCCCGUAGAGCUCUAUGAUACUCUGCCACAAAGAACUCCAACACCGCAACAACGGGUGUAUGAAACACAACUGCAAAAGGACACUGGUGAUUUGUAUGAUGUGCCUCCGAGUAAGCAAGUUCAGCCUGAUGAAUUGUACGAUACACCCGCAAGGCAUGGACACGAGCUUUAUGAUGCGCCUCCUACUGCACGUGGUCUAAGGCCACAGCCUGGUAGCACGCAGAGACGCAUUUCUGAUCACGUUUAUGACAUUCCUCCAACAGUAACGCAGGACAGGCCAGUAGUAGGGCCCGUCGCGCUGUCGCAGCAUCACCAUUCAGCGGAUGACAUCACAGACGGAGUUGGUAAAUUGUCUCUCCCGCAAUUAUCGAAAUCAGCAGACUGUAUAGAUGAAACUCUUGGGAGGAGACUAAAUCUUGAUCGCGAUGCUGCCAUGGACUUGCUUAUAAAGCGGCAGCAAGCACUUGAUUCAGCUGUAGCGUACAUGCUUAGUUAUGUCAGUAGCACGUGGAGGCACCAGAACAAUCUGCAGCCGCAUAUUCACGAAAUCAGAGCGGCAUGCAAUCAGCUCAAGUUAGCAUCCAAAGAGUUCAUGGAAUUCUGCGAUGGUGUGUUGGUAAACGCCCUCUAUGUUUCGGAUCAUAAUCUUCAUGAACAACUGAGCAAACAGUAUAAGCCCAUUCAGGAUGAACAUCAGGUCAUGGCCAAAGCGUCAGCGUUGCUAGAUGAAUGCAACUGGGAUGUGAACACGCUCAUGCACAAGACUAGCUCAAUUCCCAGCAGCAAUGAGCUGGACACUUUUGCAGCUACUGCCAGGAGUCUUCCAGAUGAUGUGAAAAGGUUUGUGGUGUUUGUCCAGGGUAACUCAUCCCUGCUCUUCAAAAGGGCAGGAAUCAUCCAGAACAGACCCUUGCCAACACCACCUCCCAACUCCGCUGGAUUGUCCAGCAACUGGAUGGCUGCAGAGAAGGAGACCCUGGUGACCACCGCGCCGAUCCAAGCCACCAGGGAAACCAUCCGCAGCAGGCCGCUACCGUUGGUGCCCAGCGUCGCAGUGGCCCCUCAGCAGCAGAUCCACGCCCAGACUAAUGGAAACCACAUCAUGCCUGAAAACGGCAAGAUGCCGGAGUACGGAUACGUCCAGAAGCCACAGUCCAUCAACAACAGGCAGAUCAUCAUCACAACAGAUCAACCUCCAAUGUCUCCUCCCCUCUCUCCAGGAGAUCAACAGCUCCUCACGUUCUAUUACACAGAGGUGGAGACACUCUUCACUGCCUUGCACAAUGCCAUCGAUCUCUUCUUCUCCUGCAUCGAUGGCAACCAGCCACCCAAAGUGUUUGUUGCUCACAGCAAGCACAUCAUCCUCCUGGGCCACAAGCUGGUGUUCGUAGGCGACACGCUCCACCACAACCUUCACAGCCUGGAGGUGAAGAACCGCAUCAUCCACCACAGCGACUCCCUCUGCGACUGCCUCAACGUGAGCGUCAGUGCCACCAAGAACGCGGCCCUCCAGUUCCCUGCGGUACAGCCUCUGCAGGAGAUGGUGGACAGGAUCACCGAUGUUGCUUCCUGCAGCCGAGAUCUCAAGGAAAUCAUUCUGAUCAACACUCCUGCAUGAUGUCAGCAUGGAGGCUGGAACAACAACCGAUUGAAACGUUCUUGACCUUCAGAAACAGUUCUGUCCAAACAAAGCGUGUGGAUACAAUAUGAAUAAUAUCUAUAUGAUUAGCUAGGAAAAACGUUUGUACAAUCAGAGCUGCUUGUAGCCACAUCAACGAGAGAAGUAAACGCGUUCAGCUUCAGUCAAAUCAGAAGCCCUUGAGCUUUAUCGGUGACACAUGUAUUGGAAGGUGAAAGGACACUUUUCAGUGUGGAUCAUUAUUGCUGGUACACCUUUCUCCAAUCUUGUUAAUACCUACAUAAAGGACGUGAUUGAAGUCUUCUAUAAUAGAAGUAGUGUGUCAUUUUUUAUGAUAAUAUUUGUUGUGCAUUAAUGAAAGUCGAUACUUACAAGACAAACUCCCAAAACAAACAAUAUACUAAUCUUCUAAGAAAGGAGGACAUCUGUAUAAUACGCUUGGCAUGGGUGUGCAUGGAUGCUUGUGAAGAAAUCUGCUUGUGUAUUUAUAUGAUGUUUGCAAGAGGCCCAGAAGGCAUCACUGUCUAUAAAGACAACUGCCACGACCAGUUGUAACACAGGUAGUUCACUUUUGCUUUUUUAUAAUGCAUGGUGCAUGGUUGAGGCAGUGAACUACUCUAGUACAAUGCAAUCACUUGGUCAACUCAUGAGCUCUCGUAGGUUUCUUUCAAAGCACAACAUAUACAAAUUUAUCCAGCAGAUAGUCAUUCAAGUCUGAAGAUAGAAUAAAUGUGCAGUAUGUAGCCUAAAUACCAUUCUUAUUUAAACCCAAUGAUAAAGUUAACCAUUCUUAACAAGUUACAAAUAGUUUUAGGUUUGUUUUUUCAAUCACUCUUUUGGCUUUGCAGAACAGUUUACAAGCAUGGUUGUUUCAUUACUUGAAGUAUUAUAUCUCUUGUUUUUUUUUUAAAUAUUCUAAACUGUACAGAGAACAACGAUAAGCUGUGCUGGUCACAAUUUUGCUAUUUCUCUUUGAUGAAGUUUUGAUAUUAAUAAUCCCUUUUCUAAUGUUGAUUAUGUGAUUGGAAUGUUCAUUUUUGCAUUGGUUUGGUGCUGCAUGUCAGUUUCUACUAUAUAUAAUAUUGAAAGUGUGGAAUGUCACAAUAAUUAUACAUGGUAUUUUGUACAGCAUAUGCAAACCUCAUUUGUGAAACAUCAACAACUUUUCUUGGAUUACUUAAUUUUGUAACUAGUUCAGAAAAUAGGAGAGAUUUAAGAAAGAUAAAUGGUGUUUGUUGAAGAAGGCGAAGAAAACAAAUUUAUAUGACAACUUUACCAGUGUCCUUCAUGAUAUGGACAGUUCUUUUUUCUCAUAAAAUAUUACUACAGGUGUGAAUACAUUUUAACAUCCAAUCUGUUGGAAGAAAUGACAAGUUGGAUGGAUUAGAAAGUUCUAAAGUAAUGGAAUCGUCUUCUUUUACAUGACUAGAACAAGGACAAUAGUUGUUAGGUAAUGGUUAUUAGAUAUCAUCAAGGGUGCUUGAGACAAGCAGAAUUAAAGGGAGGGAGUGUCAUCAUGGCGCAAAUGUCAGUAACCCCUCGUUAGAGGGAAAAUGCUGGCUUAAAUAAAUAAAUGAUGAUGAUGAUGAUAAUAAGAUGUAGUUCAAAAUUUUACUAACCUUAUAAUUUACUGGGCAAGCUAAGGAUAAAUCCUUUGUUGUAAAGCCUUUAAGGGACUCUGGCUAUUCAUUGGUCACCUAUCCUGGCUCAUGUGAUCUCGAGGCAGCACACAGCAAGAAACUGUGAAUAAUCAUUUGGCUUGAGAAAGUCCACAGGAGUGUCCAAAGACAUGCCUAGACUAAAUUGUAAGGUUGGUAGAUGGUUAAACUACAUCCUAUGAAAGUUUUCUGUAUGAAGAUGAUGAUGAUUAGUGAUAGUGAUUCAUUAGGAGAGGCUUGCUGUGAUACACGUUUGUAAAUAGUGAAGCCUACAGGUAUAGGAAGAUGGUAAAGUUAAUAUGUAAUUUUCAAUUGUUUAAUUUAUUGUUUUAUAUAUAUUUUAUGAGGAUUGUUUCUCUAUUUUUCUCUUUCAUAUUUUGUAAAGAUAAUUUAUAUAUGAUACGGAUUUCAGACAGCAUUGUGUUGUACAGAACAUUUCUGCAUUAAGUAGAAGUUUUGGUUUGCGACCAAAAGUUAGUAUUUUCACUUUCGCAUUCCAAAAGUUUGAAAGAAGAGGUGUACAUUUUUUGGAGGACUGGGUUUGCUUCAGGAAUCAGAGCUUCACGUAAAUUGCUGCAAAAUGUCAUAUUCCAAAAUGAAACGUUAAAAUCGGUCAGGAACAUGAGGAAAAUAUUAUUCAUACAGAGUGCUUUGGUAGAAAAUUUCACAUUUUAGGCUGAAAUUGCAACGGUUUUCAUAUCAAUUCUUCUCUGUUUAGUGGGAUUUAACUUUUAUGAUUGGAAGAGAAAGUGAAGGAGUACGUUGUGCUGGACAAAAAUAUGCUAGCUAUAUUUGAUGUUAGCUCAUUUACUUUAACACAGAGAUAACGCCCCUUCUGCCUCCGAAUAGAUGGAACGUGGUUGACACUUGACCUCUGGUCACAUGGUACACCGAGAAUCAUGGGGAUACGUACGGACCAGAUUGAUUCAUCUACUGGGUUUACUUUUUAACUUUACAAUCUAAACAAUAUCACCAUGGGUACCAAACUUCAAUUCCUAUGCUCUCCACUAGUGAUAUGUGGUACAUAUUUGAAUAGUUGUAGACAUUUGUAUCGUCUUUCCUUCGCUUGCCAUGAUAAGCUGUAUCGUUUGCCAGACCAGCAAUUAGUUUUGCACAUAUUUGUUUCCCCUCAUAUUUAUUCGUCUGUACUUGGAACUGGUGGAGGGGAAAGAGAACAAACAAUAACAACCAGCUCCUUUACACUCUUAACUUGACCUUAUACAAUCAUAUUACAAUGCAGGCAUUUUUUUUUAAUCACAAAUUUUCUUAGAGAUUCUUGAUAACAGUUGGAGUUGAAAACAAAUUGUUUAAUCCUGAGAUUUUAGUGAAAUAUAUACUGACUAAAUUAUGAUGAAACAAAGACAAUGUUUCUAGAACGAUUAAAACCACUGCCCUGAAUCCCUGAUUACUUUUAAUUUAUUAAACUUAAACCAUAUCUGUUGGGCAAUUGCAAUUUCUUGAGACAAGUUUAAACUCCUUAAAAAUCUGUUUACAUCUUAGGCCCUUAAUUCCUUCUAAUUGUACUUCUCUCUUUGAAUUUAUGACACAUUUUGAAACAGUAAUAGUGAUCGAGAGUUGAGUUAAAAACCCAAUCAUUAAAAACCCUUUUUCAGAACUGUUUCAUUUGUAUUUAACAAUGAAUUUUGACUAUCUUAUACUGACAUGGUAUUUUUGCUUAAAUUUCAGCUAACUGUGUUUGAUAAAUAACAAAAGCAAUGAUGAUACUUUUGAUUGGGGAAAGUUUGAUUGAAGAUAUGUAUUUCUUUGACUGGUGAGAUUUUUGUCACUAUAAUAUAUAUUCUAUAACUUGAAAUCUUUUUUGCUACAACUAUUUAUUUGCCUUUCAUUUCAUGAGCUUUUUUAAAAUCAAGGAAUGUGAAACUUGAAAGGCACAGAAGAUAUCUUAAUGUGUACAUACAUAUUUGUGUGUAUGAGCUUUCCAUGUAUAAAGACGAUUAAGUGUAUUCAUUUCUUUUUGAGAUUUGGCCAACUACAACGCUAGGUGUUUAGCUGAAGAUUAUGUCUUUAAAAUAUUCAUCUUUUAUAACUCUGGAAUGAUUAAAUGAAUUCUACUUAAGAAAAGCAUAUUAUGUACUUAAAAGAUGAAAGUACAGGAGGAUAUGAUAUGGAAGGUUUGUUUUGUGAAUGUGUAUGUAGAUAUAAACUGUGUAUGAUGUUACAUCAAUAAACAGAUAUUAUUAAUGAA